GGGCGUGGUUCUGAGCGCCGGGGGCGUGACUAAGGCCGCCGUUCGCUCUCCCGGAAAGCGUCGUGUGACGUCGGUGCCGCACAGGAGCUGCGGCGGUGGCUGCGGGGAGGAUGGUGCUAAUCAAGGAAUUCCGAGUAGUUUUGCCGUGCUCCAUUGAAGAGUAUCAAGUUGGUCAACUUUAUUCUGUGGCUGAAGCUAGCAAAAAUGAAACUGGUGGCGGUGAAGGAAUUGAAGUCUUGAAGAAUGAGCCAUAUGAAAAAGAUGGUGAAAAGGGCCAGUAUACACACAAAAUCUACCAUCUGAAAAGUAAAGUCCCUGGCUUUGUAAAGAUGUUUGCUCCAGAGGGAUCUUUGGUAUUCCACGAGAAAGCAUGGAACGCAUAUCCUUACUGUAGAACAAUUGUAACGAAUGAAUAUAUGAAAGAGGAUUUCUUCAUUAAGAUUGAAACUUGGCACAAACCAGAUAUGGGAACUCAAGAUAAUGUGCAUUGCCUAGAUCCCAACAUGUGGAAGACCGUUGAAGUAGUCCAUAUUGAUAUUGCAGAUAGAAACCAAGUAGAACCAGCAGAUUACAAAGCCGAUGAAGACCCAGCAAUAUUUCAGUCUAUUAAGACAAAACGGGGGCCUCUUGGACCUAAUUGGAAGAAAGAAUUGGCAAACGCUGAGGACUGUCCACGCAUGUGUGCUUACAAACUAGUAACAAUUAAAUUUAGAUGGUGGGGACUGCAAAACAAAAUAGAAAAUUUUAUUCAAAAGCAAGAAAAACGAAUAUUCACAAACUUUCACCGCCAGUUGUUCUGCUGGAUUGACAAAUGGAUUGAACUAACAAUGGAAGACAUACGACGAAUGGAGGAUGAAACACAGAAAGAAUUAGAAGCACUACGUAACCAAGGUCAAGUGAGAGGAACAAGUGCUGCCAAUGACGAAUGAAGAUAGACCCGACCAAACCGCAUGCAGAAUUUUGUCAUUUACAUCUGUUUAUAUACCUGUAUGUUUAUAGCUAUAUAAACACUAUCUGAGCAUUAACUUCUUAAGUGUACUGUACCUGAUCUGAGCAAAAAAUGUAAAGGAGAAUGUGUACUGUACUGAAAUUGUUUACAAACCUUAUUGAAUGUCGCUAGAAGUGUAAAAUAAUGGGCUCCUGAUUUCCAAACUGUUUUUUAUUGUCACGAAAUGCAAAUAAAUGGUUUGUUUUUGGUUUUGUCUAAACAUAAAACUCUAUUUGAAAUGCACCUGUCAGCUACACGGAAUAGAGACGGCCAUUUUGUGAGCUGGUCCAGUGUUCACCACAAUGCAGUCCUCAAUGAGGUGCUUCCCAGCCAAAUAUUUGAGGAACUGGUCUCUGAAUUUCUAUACUACAAUCUCCUGAAUUUUGAAUCGGCCCAGAUAACAAUGGCGGCCUGCAUGUGUUUUUUUUUUUGUUAAAUCCUGUUAACGUUCUAUUUCUGAUGCACUGAGUUGUAGCAUAAAAUCAGUUGAGAUAUCCUGUUUUUUGACCAUUUUAAAGCUGUCUAAACUUAUUUUUGUUGGUUUGAGAGAAAAUAAUAAGGAAGGGGGGUGCAAAUUACUUUUCUGUCAUGGUCAACUGUGUUCUAUAGAUCCAUGGAGUUCUAUGCUGUAGUCUGCAUAGGGGCAACAGACAGCAAUGACAUUUGUGUGGCAUGUAGAUAACACUGAUAAUAUGCCUGCUUUCCCCAGCACUGUGUUCUACUUAGAACAUAAUGAGGGAAUAAUACUUUGGACAUGAUCUUAAAGUGUAUGUUUUUUGUUUGUAGCUUAUGAAUACAUUUCUAGGAGUCUUGUGUACAAAGCUGAAUGGAAGAAGUUGCUCAUUUUGGAAGUUGCAGUUUGGAAUCUAUGCAAACUGUUUCCUAUAUACAUUAUUUAUGCUGCAGUCAGGUGCUCUUUUAUGUUUAAACUGUUCAAAUGCACAUGUAAUUUAAAGAAAUAUAUAUAACAAAAAGUUAUUAGGUUUUAAAAACUACAAGAGUGAAAGGAUGUUUAAAUAAUGUAAUACAGUUUAAUUGUAGAUACUUUCGCAAUAGAUAUACUCAGAUUUUCUUUUUUUUUUUUUUUUUAUGGAGCAUGUUAAAUGCUUAGUACUUGUUAUGCUUAUUAAAUUGAAAUCGAAGUGAAACUAUUUUAGAACGACAAAGAUUUUUUUACAAAUUGUCCGAUAGAACACAACCUUAAACAAUGUUAUAUAGUCAUCUAGUCUGGGGUCACACUUGCCUUUUCCCUCUCUGUACUCACGGUCGCAUUUAGAAUUGCCAUUUACCAGUCUGCCUCUAGUACUAGUUGUCCUUCAUCCGGUAAGAGCUAAUGUCUGUCUACGAUUAUGCCUAUUUUGCUGCAGUAAAUUGCCUAUUUUCUAUUUCUGGUUAUUACAGAAAGAUGUAAAUGUAUCUGUCUUGAAGUCUGUUAUAUAAUCAUGAUCCAAAUAUUUUUUUCCCCUCAAGUUGGGACUAAAGAGUGAAACGCAACAAAGCGUUGAAAAGUUUCGGUACACCUUUUUAAAUUCAGGGGAACUACUAAUUGAAUGUAAAAUGUCUAGAUUUGCAGUCUGGUGUGUAAAGAGUAUGCCAUAUAAGUAAACAAUAAAUUUGAUCACCAAAUAAGGCUUUGUAUUAUAUGUCAA